AUGCCCGAGAACUCUGGAAGACGAGGGCCAGGAUGCUCCUUGCGUCGGGCUGAUUCAAUCCAGGAAAAAGGCCAAGCUGGGGCACAGGAAUCAGGAAUCAGGAUACCCAGGAGACUGCGCCGAGACAAGGUGGACCAGCACCGUGCGACCAAGUCACAAACUCUGCUCGAAGCCGGUCAUGAUCAGCACCAAAAGCAUGAAAAAGCAGAAAAGCAGAGCAGCGGCCUUGGAGUCACCGGCUUGGGGCCCCAUUCUGCCCCAGUUCUGCUUGAAUCCGGGGCUGGUGAGUGGCGGGCGGCUCUGGGCGCCCAGACUGCCCAGACCCCCGAGAUGCUCAAUCCGGCUGCCAGGGAUCUUUGCUGA